CCUAUAGUAAGUACGUCACGCUAGUUUCUCAUCUACCUUCGGGUAUCCGGCUAAUGUCGCCUAACCUAACUGUACCGCUGCAGUUAAUUCACCUCUCGAAGUAUUUUUCAACGGGUAAACUGCGCGAGAUAUUCAAACUGCUGUACUUCACUUGUGUGCUUGUGUUUCACGGUACGCUUCGCAAGUGCGAUUGUCUCUUGAAAAGUACGCCAAGUUCAAACAAACAGCUGAACUCUGGUCUAACAGAGGCGCAAGUCGGCGGUAAAAAAAAGGACCUCAGCCCGGAUGCUACAUUUGAAAACACGCUUAACGACAUGACUGAUCUUUAUGGACAAACACCUCCCAGAACACGCUUCAACAGACGGCAAAAGGAAAAGAAGCAGAAAGAUAGUCAAUCAGAGCUCAAGUCUACUUCAAAGUCACCCCACAUCCCACAACAAAUAAGUAGACGUAACACAUUCGACACUAUGUUGUUUAAUGAAAUGUGUGAUAAAGCUGACAAAGAUAGGGAUAAAGAAACCGAGGGCGAAGUAGUCAAAGAGGGAAAUCGUAGAAACAAAAGAAAUUUGAAGCUGUUACGAGGUUCAGAAAGAGAUCUAAAAUUGGAUGUCUCAGCUGCUUUAAGUUACGGCGAAAAAGCAGAGAAACCACUAGUUAAAACACCUAUUAUUAGGAUUGAAACUAGGAACCGAUUUCGUAGUUUGCGUUCAAAACCAGUGGAUGUUGAGGGAACAAAGAGUGAAACUGAGACGCUUGAAUUAACUCUUAAAGAAAGAGAUGCAAUAUCUGCUAGGACUCCAAAAUCUCUGAGUUUGAAAGAAAGAGAAAUUUUUCACGAUACCUUCUCGUUUUUAAUCAAACUGGGCAGUAACGACAAAGAACGAAAUUGUAGACGUCAAAUGAGCCACGAGGAGACGUUGUGGCAAAAUGAAUUGAAAGACUUGAUAUGGCUUGAAUUGCAAGCUCAUCACGCAGACCGUAGUCCAACAGCACAAGAUGAAUACCUGUGCAGGCAGCGUGAAGCUGUCGGAUCAUUAUUGACUGAAAUUAUGAAAUACAGAUUUGAUCCGACUAGUCAUUCCGAUACUGGAUCAUCGUCCAUAAUUUCAGGUGACAGCAGAAUUAAAGAUGCUGUAAAUCCUGUUUUGACUGCAAAUUCUGACAUGAGUUUGUGCUCUGGUUGCUUGUCCAUGUAUUGUCGUGCCUGCACACGUGCUCAAGCCGAGGCGUUAAAGCAAGUAGAAAAUCUUUUGGGAAGAUUAGAAGCAGCUGAAGCUCUUUAUCCGUCAUCCCAUGCAUUGGCUGUUCAGUAUCCUAUGUACAAAAGUCAAGAAUUUAUGGGUAGAGUUAAGGCACUUUGCCUCUGGUACAAUAUGAUGAAGCAUCAAAGACUGAAAUUGUUGAUCCUAGGCAAACUUCUCACUCUUUUAAAUACAAAAAAGAGACAGGAAGAAUCUGUUGAUUCAGGCACAAGUUCGAGGUCAUCAGAUACAAUAGACUCUGUAGAUGCACGUCAAACUUUGGUUCGCUUUAAUUUAUCGCAAACGGAAGAGAGUACAAGUCCCAGCGACAGUAACAACAGCACGUCAUCUAUAGAAACGUCAUCACUUCAUCGUUUUUGGCCGUCCACCCCUGAAUCAGGAACUUUUACACAUACAGAUGACGACAAAAACCAUUUCGACUCCUAUCUAAUGGAAUUAGACCGACAUGCUUACAGAAAGUAUAUUGAAGAUGUAUUAAAAAUUCGAGGCCUUCGAAAAAGUCUCCAGUUCUUAGAACGUCUACAUACAUCAGUCUUGCGCAAAGUCAGAUUGACUUUGGAAAAAUAUGACGUCAAAGAUAUGGAUAGCAGUGCUACUGAAGAAUACGAAGGUGAUACAGAACUAAAACGAUAUGGAGCUUGGAGUCCCGAAUCAAAAGAGCUGAAUCUCCCAUCUUACAGGGCAGCAUUUGUAUUUCUUUCUCGUGUACCGCUGGAUGUGAUACAUGAAUUUCUGAGAAUGAGACUAGAACAGAAGCCUGAGCAACCUAGUGCCCUAUCCGUUCGGCAAUUGAUGCGAGAACUACGUGAAGGUUUAAAAAUCGCAUGCGUACAUCGACAGAGAUUCGAAGAGCACUCUCUGGCUGCUGUUGCUGCUGAUAAAAAUACUUGCAAAAUACUUUUUUAUGACGAAAUCCAAGAAUUCGACAAAAGUUUAAAGGCGGUAUUUGAACUGUACUUAAAUUACUUGCAACAAUGGGUUGAUAUGGUGCAGCACGAAAGUUUUCAAAAGAAUUUUAUUGAAGAAGAAUGGUCGUUCAUCACAUCUGUUGCUGGUAAUAUCUCUGAUGGGGUCAAUAUAGCCAGCGUGAAAUUUUGUGAAAUGGCAUGUACCAUGAUAGAACAAGCGAAAGAAUUCUUAAUCAGUCGGCCAACCGAAAUUUGGGAAGAAGCUACAGCAGAGGACGACGAAGACAAUUGGUCGAAAAACCAAAUCAUGACUGUAGCUAGAGAAGUGCAGGGGAUGUUUGUUAUUGCUAAGGACAGAGUGAUAAGAAAUAUUACAUUCAUCAAAUGCUUGAGGCGGGAUAUCCAAAAAUUUUCAAAUAGCCCUGAAACUGCAGAGUCGAUCGAUAAGUUGAAAAUCGCAGUGAUGGACCUGAGACACCAAAUAACAUCGACAAUUGAACAUUUCCAAAUGGAAGUAAAUGAAGCGGAAAAACCAAAAUUAGAAUCUGAACGUAUGGCUUUGAGAUCCAGAGUCAGGGAAGUCUUACAUCAAGCCUAUAAGAUGGGAUUUGAAUACCAUAAAGAACUUUGCAAGCUAUUCUUACCCGAGGAAAGAUCGGUGCUAGCUCGCGGCUUGGUUAGCUUUGCACUUUUAUGGAUGGACUUUGUUAGGUCUUGCUGCGACCGAGGUCGUGGCCUGAGACCGAGGUGGGCCAAUCAAGGAUUGGACUUUCUUAUGACAGUCUGCGAACCAUUAAACACAAAACAUUUGACGGACCAAGAAUUUGAGGAGCUGAAAACUCUAAUGGACCGCUGUAUCUCACACGUUAUUGGAACUGCUACUCCCACUUCGCCUUCUGAUGUCGAAAAUUUGAGGAAACUGCCGCGUUCAAGAACAGUUUCUCCAGCUCGUCCGAAAAGUAGAACACCAAACAGCAGCAGCACGCAAAAAUAUCGAGAGAAUCUAGAAUUUCCAGACUCGGCAAUAGUUUCACAAAAGAAUACUUCGUUGAGUUUGACAGAUGGAGUAUCAGAUGUAACAUUAAUAGUACCGGAACAGAAAUUAUUAGCCAGACAUCAGCGGGUUGCUCUUGCUGUAAAAAGAUUGGAACAAGAACUGGAAGAGGACUUGAUAAAGAAACAAGUUAUUGGUCACGUGACGGAGAGGCGGCCUGCUGAUAGAGUUCAUGUUAAAUCGAGAUGCGUUACCUUUACCUGGCAGCGUGGUAUAAAAAUUGGUCAGGGUCGAUUUGGCAAAGUUUACACUGUUGUAAAUAAUAUAACUGGUGAGCUUCUUGCCAUGAAAGAAAUACAGCUCCAACCAGGCGAUCGCAGGGCAAUUAGAAGGGUCGCCGAAGAAUUACAAAUAUUUGAAGGAAUCCAGCAUAAGCAUUUGGUCCGCUACCACGGUAUUGAAAUUCAUAGGGAGGAAAUGCUAAUUUUUAUGGAAUUUUGUGCCGAAGGCACGCUUGAAAGCUUGGUGGCUGGCAGUGGAAAUGGACUGCCUGAACCACUGGUCAGAAAAUAUACCCAUCAACUCUUAUUGGCUGUUUCGGUACUACAUGCGCAUGGUGUUGUGCAUAGAGAUAUCAAAACUGCAAACAUAUUUUUGACCGAUGAAGAGAAUUGCCUGAAACUAGGUGAUUUCGGAUCAGCAGUCAAAAUAAAGGCACACACGACAAUGCCCGGUGAACUACAGGGAUUUGUUGGAACUCAAGCUUAUAUGGCUCCAGAAGUGUUCAUGAAAACUGAAUCUGAAGGACAUGGACGAGCUGCUGAUAUCUGGUCGGUUGGCUGCUGUGUAGUAGAAAUGUCCAGUGGGAAAAGGCCUUGGGCAGAAUAUGACUCAAAUUACCAAAUUAUGUUCAAAGUUGGGAUGGGCGAAAGUCCAACACCGCCUAAACAUCUGUCAGUGGAAGGUCAUGAGUUUAUCGCUAAAUGCUUACAGCAUGACUCAAAGCAGCGGCCAACCGCAGCUGAAUUGCUCACAGAUACGUUUGCUCGUUUAAGCGACGACGAUAGGUGAAUACAGAAAGAAUCCACUGACUAAAGUGUUUGCCACGAUAGGCUUCGUUAGUGUUUCUAUUAUUUUACCAGUGCUAAGUAUUUUGAAUCACUUCAUUAGAACUCACUAUCAGUCAUCUUAUUGACGAUCCAUCAAAUGAUCUAUUAGCGAGGAAGGGUUCUACUUAGCAUACAAUCUUGUACUUAUGAUGUAUCUUUAUGUUCGUAUGUGUUACAUAUACACUACUGAUUAUAUAUUUUUUAACUGUCCAA